CCAGAUGCAGCGAAACGAGCCACAACUGCCGACACACUUUGGAACCCGAAACUAGAACGACGAGAACGAAGGAACGCCACUUCCUCUCGCCUCCUUUUCCGAAACAACACACGGCGAGGGCGGUUCCCCUCUUUAGAUCUCGCAAGUACCUGCUGCCAGUCCACCAGGAUGGAAGACUGUGGUCCGAGUCUACCAUCAGAUGCCCAGAAAACCUCAUCCGAGGCCGUCUGCCCUUGUCAAGAACCCUUCUGCUUUCCAGCUGCAUUCUCGCGACAUUGCUGUCGAAUACUGAUUUGUCCCCAACCUUCGCAUCAGAUGGUGUAGGAGUUUGAGCCAGAGGAAUGGGGGCGGUUGGCGCGGAGGAGCUGGUGCGGUGGGAGAAGAUGGAGGAGGCAGCGGAGGCGGCAUCGGCACCAGCCGGCGGGGGUGGGAAGGUGGAGAAGAUAUUUGUUUCGGUGCGUUUGAGGCCUUUGAGCGAGAAGGAGGUGGCAGCAAACGAUUCCUGUGAUUGGGAGUGCAUCAAUGACACCACCAUCAUUUUCAGGAACAGUCUUCCAGAGCGAUCCAUGAUUCCUACUGCCUAUACGUUUGACAGGGUAUUUCGAAGUGAUUGCACCACAAAGCAAGUAUAUGAGGAAGGGGCUAAGGAAAUUGCUCUUUCUGUAGUUAGUGGUAUUAACUCUACCAUUUUUGCUUAUGGGCAAACAAGCAGUGGUAAAACAUACACAAUGACUGGUAUAACUGAGUAUACUGCAGCAGAUAUAUAUGAAUACAUUCAUAAGCAUGAAGAGAGAGCAUUUGUGCUGAAGUUCUCAGCAAUUGAGAUAUACAAUGAAGCCGUAAAAGAUCUGCUCAGCACGGAUUCGGGUCAUCUUAGGCUUUUAGAUGAUCCAGAGAAAGGAACGGUGAUUGAGAAACUUACGGAGGAAACAUUAAGGGAUUGGAACCACCUUAAGGCACUCAUUUCUGUGUGUGAAGCUCAGAGAAAGAUAGGGGAGACUUCUCUAAAUGAAACAAGCUCGAGAUCUCAUCAAAUACUUCGAUUGACUAUUGAGAGUUCUGCUCAGGAAUUUCUGGGAAAGGACAACUCAAGCACACUUGUGGCUAGUGUGAAUUUUGUUGAUCUGGCAGGGAGUGAACGUGCAUCUCAAGCAUUAUCAGCUGGUGCUAGGCUGAAAGAGGGAUGCCACAUAAAUCGAAGCUUACUAACCCUUGGAACUGUUAUUCGCAAGCUGAGCAAGGGAAGAAAUGGGCAUGUACCAUAUCGGGAUUCAAAGCUCACGCGAAUAUUGCAGCCAUCCUUAGGGGGUAACGCAAGAACUGCCAUUAUUUGCACAAUGAGUCCUGCAAUAAGCCAUAUCGAGCAAUCUAAAAAUACACUUCUUUUUGCAAGCUGUGCAAAAGAAGUAGUUACUAGUGCACAGGUCAAUGUAGUUAUGUCUGAUAAGGCAUUGGUUAAGCAUUUGCAAAAGGAACUUGCCAGAUUGGAGAGCGAAUUGAGAUAUCCAGGAAUAUCUCCAAGCGUUGAAGCAUUGUUGAGGGAGAAGGAUGCUCAAAUUAAAAAGAUGGAGAAUGAGAUACAGGAGUUGAUCCAGCAGCGUGAUGUAGCUCAGUUACGAGUGGAUGGUUUGCUGCAAGUUGUUGGCAAGGAUCAUUCUUCAAGACAAUGGGAGUCAAGCCAAACCUCAUCACUUAAUGUACCUUAUGCAUGUGAGGAUUUGCUUUCAAUGACCGAGCGUUCAGAUAUUGCUGAUUGUAGUCUUGAUUCUUCUUCCACAAAAUUUUUAACGUCAAGAAGUCAACACUACCUGCAAACACAAAAACCAGGCACUCCAUCACCAAGGCACUCAAUAACAAAAUUUGAGUUCAUUGGGUUAAGUGGAAAUCAAGGUGAAGAAGAGAUUGAUAAAAGCCUCGAUGGAGAUUUUGAGGAAAUCUGCAAGGAAGUUCGCUGUAUUGAGAUGAAUGAGGCAUGUAGAAGUGAAGAUUCAAAUUCCUUGCUAACUGAAGGAAGCAAUAGUCUCGAACAGCCUGCCACAAUUUCCUCUGAACGAAUACACGGACAUCAUAUACCUGAAAGACAGAUGGAUUUGGGAUCACUUGGUGCUGAUCCUGUCACAUUGGAGCAACAUCUUCAGAACGUUAGGAAGACACUAGUCAAUUUUGUUAAGGCUUAUCCAGAUGCUUCAUCUCCAUGGUCCUCAUGGCAAGAUCCAAGUUUUAGAGCCUUGCCAUUCAGUAGAAGUAGAAGCUGUAGGUCAAUUUUGGUGAGCUCUUCGCCUUGGCUCCAAGAAGAUAGUACGCCACCUAAUCUAUCUCUACGAGAGUUCCCAGGAAGGCCUGAAGGAUUUCAAAAGAAACUAUUUGCCUUAAAUCAUGGUUCUGAGAUCAGAAAACUUUCAGUGAGAGGAUCUCAAAAUUCUGAAGAUGACACCUCCUUUAGUGGAGAGAAACAAUUGAAUCCAGAUGUUGAUCCUGAAAUUGAAACAACUAGAUUGGAUGAUUACAGAGAGCCGAAUAAGAUGACUCAAGUCCAUCGUAAGAAACAGUUGAUCAUUGAUCAGGAGACUGAAUCGAAUGUGGUUGAAGACUUUGGAGCUGAGAGUACUGUCAAGGAUGUUGGUCUGGAAUCAACAAUGGAUUCUCUGCAGUCUCCUUCCAGAUGGCCUCAGGAAUUUGAGAAGAAGCAACAAGAGAUUAUUGAGCUUUGGCAUGACUGUAAUGUUUCACUAGUCCAUAGGACUUACUUUUACAUGCUUUUCAAAGGUGAUCCAACAGACUCUAUUUACAUGGAAGUGGAACUUAGGAGGCUAUCCUUUUUAAGGAGCAAUUUAUUUCAGGGAUACAUGCACAAAGCUGCAGCAGUUGAUCAGAGAACAACUUCCUCACAAAGUUUGAAACUGCUUCGGCGUGAAAGAGACAUGCUUUGCAGGCAGAUGCAGAAGAGUUUGUCUGCGGCAGAAAGAGAGAGUCUCUAUAUCAAGUGGGGAAUUGCAUUAGACUCGAAACAGAGAAGACUGCAGCUUGUUCGGCACCUUUGGUCCAAGACCAAGGAUCUAGAACAUGUAAGAGAGAGUGCAUCUGUUAUCUCAAGAGUGAUUGGACUUGCAGAACAAGGGCAGGCUCUCAAGGAGAUGUUUGGGCUUACCUUCUCACCUCAAGAAUCGAACCGAAGAACCUACAGCUGGAAACAUGGAUUGUCAUCUCGUAAGUAAAUCAAACACACACCGUGUGCAUCAUCUGCGGCUUGGAGUCAACUACCGUAGUUCUUGUUUCUUCAGGACGACAUGAUUCUUUUGCUCAGAUUGAAUAUAGGAGGAUUGUAAAAUAGUUGCCGUUAACCAUGUAAUACGAUCUUUAUAAUGUAUGGUUAGUGCUCUGUACUGCUGCUCGUUCAUUCAUUAACAGCAGCAACUUCAUGAUGGUGCCCAAAGAACGAUGAAGAGGGUUUACAUCUUUUAGUCUCUUGAAAUCCUUAAGCUUUCUGGUUUCAGUGGGAAUCAAAAUGUAGUCAGACGUGUAAUCAGUUUACAGAACUGUGUUUUAGAGAGUAUAUAUGCUCGGCCUUUGGACAACAAGCUGUGAAGGUAUUCAUGUAUGAAAUUAAUGCUUUUGGCUAAG